AACCGAAAACCCGCCAAACAAUCCAUAAAUCAGCAGAGCCAUGAAGAGGCGACGCGUAACUACGGAGACGGGAGCUGGAGCGGGAGCGGGAACUCGUUUCGGCUUCCGUGUUGCAUCGGGGAAGAUGGCACGCGCCUGCCACACGCUGCUGGGGCUAAUUGUGGGACUCGGAAUGAUUGGCGUGUGCUCGGCCGUCGGCUAUUCCUACACGCGCUUCGAGGGUCCGGUGGCGGGGCCAGAGCGCCUGGUGACGGUCCACAACGGACGCACCGAUUAUGUGGCACGGCCCGAGUACAGCUUCGCCUAUGGCGUCGAAGAUGGCAAGACGCGUGUGCUGCAGAACCGCAAAGAGACGCGCAACGGCGACGAGGUGCGGGGCGUCUACAGCGUAGUCGAUCCUGAUGGCACCUUGCGUGUGGUUAAAUACACCGCCGACGAUGCCAAUGGCUUCCAGGCGGAGGUUAUCACGAACGGUGUGAAAACGUUGCACGGCCAUGGCGAUGCUGAAGGCGGAUCGAGUGGAGGCGGUGGUGGUGCAUCGGUGGACGAACAGGUGAGGCAUGAGAGCGCUGCUGGUGACGAAGAAGAGCAGGACAAUGGCCACUACAAGGUGCACGAGGACUACGACGAGGCAGAUGGCGACGGCGAUGGAGAGGACAAGGAGAAGGAAAAGGAGAAGGAGGGAGGAGGAGAUGAAGACGAGGAGGGUGGCGGCGACCAUGAGGAGUACGAGGGCAGCAGCGAGGAGGGCUACGACGAGGCCGAUGCUCACAGUCAGCAGCAGGAGAGCAGCGAAGAGUAUUAGAUUCUCAGCAGAAGGAAUCCCUAUCU